AAGAUUCAAAUGUUCUGCAACAUGUAAGCUAUGGGACAUCAGCGUUUUGUGAAUACAUAAGUCUCAGUGACCAAGAUUACUGUUACCCAGAACUGAAAACAAAUGCAAUGUUAAACAAUAGAAUUUCUAUCAAACAGUACACCUCUGAAGGUUGUUUGUGUAUGGAACCUUUUGCUGAUAUGUUGUAUAACCCCGUAUUUGCUCGGCAUGCAGGUGAUGGAAGUAAUCGGUUAUUCAUAGGAGAAGUUACAGGUUUAAUAUUUGUGUACUAUUUAAAUGGGUCAAGUGAAAGUCAUCCUUUCUUGGACAUUAGCUACCAGACUGUCAACUCAAGAAAUGAAGGCGAUGAAAGAGGUUUAUUGGGACUAGCAUUUCAUCCCAAUUUUCGACAAAAUGGCAGAUUCUUUGUGUAUUAUUCCACACUACUUGAGCGCCAUAAUGACUUAAUGAAUAACAACCAUAAGAUCCGCAUCAGUGAGUUUCUAGUGUCGAGCCUGGAUCCUAACAUCGCAGAUGCUGGGAGUGAGAGAGUGAUUUUAGAAGUGGAGGAACCCUUCUGGAACCACAACGGAGGAGAGAUUUUAUUUGGAGAUGAUGGUUAUUUAUAUAUCUUUGUGGGAGAUGGUGGGUCCAGAGGAGAUCCCCUGGGAAACGGUCAAAAUAGGAGCACUCUCCUAGGUAAAGUGUUGAGGAUAGAUGUGGAUACAGAGUUGGAUUAUCCGUUUCCCUACAAGAUUCCCCUGGAUAAUCCAUUUGCCAAUCACUCAAUGUUCCGUCCUGAAAUCUACGCAUAUGGAGUUAGAAAUAUCUGGAGGUGUGGAAAAGAUAGAGGGGAUCCUCGCACAGGAGAGGGUAAGGGAAGAAUAGUGUGUGGUGAUGUUGGCCAGUCAGCACAUGAAGAAUUAGAUUUACUGAUCAAGGGAGCUAACUAUGGAUGGAAUGCCAGAGAGGGUCCAGCAUGUUAUGAUAGAGAAAGCUGUGGACACAUUG